AUGGCCGACGACUACUCCGGGACAAACUAUCUUCCCGAAUAUGCAUCCUACAACUGGACCGGCGGGCCGUCCAAUUUUGACGGCCUCACCACCAAUGCCGUGGGAGGUGACUCGAGACUAGAGAAUCUGAACAAAUGGUACCAAUCAGGAGACUCGGCCUACAUUAUUGUAGCCUCGGCGAUGGUGUUUGUCAUGGUUCCAGGUCUCGGUUUCCUAUACUCAGGUCUGGCGCGGAGAAAAUCGGCUCUGUCACUUAUGUUCACGGCCAUGGCGUCGUACUCGGUCAUCACUUUCCAAUGGUACUUCUGGGGCUAUUCACUCACCUUCUCCGAUAACAAGGCAAACGGCUUCAUCGGUGACCUGCACCACUUCGGUCUCAAGAACACCCUCGGCCAGCCCAGCCCUGGCUCCCCACUCGUUUCCACCCUCCUAUACUCCUUCUACCAGAUGCAAUUCUGUGCCGUCACAGCCGCCAUCCAAGUCGGUGCCGUUGCUGAGCGCGGCCGCAUCCUUCCAUUCCUAGUCUGGACCUUCUGCUGGGCCACCAUCGUGUACAACCCGAUCGCGUGCUGGGCCUGGAACGCCAACGGCUGGGGCUUCGUGUACGGAGUCAUGGACUAUGCCGGCGGCGGGCCCGUCGAAAUCACCUCGGGCAUGUCCGUACUGGCCUACUCGCUCGUGCUCGGCAAGCGCCAGGAGAAGAUGAUGCUCAACUUCCGCCCGCACAACGUCUCGUUCAUCCUGCUCGGCACCGUCUUCCUAUGGUUCGGCUGGCUGGGCUUCAACGGUGGUAGCUCCUUCGGCGCCAACCUCCGCGCUGUCAUGGCCUCGUGGAACACCAACCUCACCGCAGCUUUGGCUUCCAUGACCUGGGUCCUCCUCGAUUGGCGUCUGGCCCGCAAGCUCUCCAUGGUGGGCUGGUGCUCCGGCGCCAUCUCCGGCCUGGUGGCUGCGACCCCGGCCUCCGGCUACCUCGACACCUGGGGCUCCGUGGCCCUCGGCAUUGUAACGGGCGUUUUGUGCAAUUUCGGCACCAAAGUCAAGUACUGGAUCCGCAUCGACGACAGCAUGGACGUCUUCUCCGAGCACGGUCUCGCCGGCAUGAUCGGUCUCAUGUUCAACGCACUCCUCGGCGUCGACUACGUCACCGGCCUCGAUGGCGUCAACACCGGCACCGGCGUCGGCGGCUGGCCCAUCGGCAACUACCGACAAUUCUACAUCCAACUUGCCUACGUCGUCGCCUGCACGGGUUACAGCUUCGUCGUCUCCGCCCUGCUCGCCUACGCCAUCAACUACAUCCCCGGCCUCCGCCUCCGCGCCUCGGAAGAGGCCGAACUGCUGGGCAUGGACGACGACCAGCUCGGCGAGUUCGCGUACGACUACGUCGAGGUCCGCCGCGACUACCUGGCCUGGACGCCCGCGACGGACGGCAUGGGCACCGACCCGGACAUCCCGCAAGAGAACCGCCACGGCAUCGGCGAGCACCAGACCAUGAUCAAGAGCGGCGAGUACGGCGACUCGAGCUCCGGCGCCAGCGCCCCGGAGACCGCCGUGCACCACCGCCAGCAGCACGCGCAGGGCGACCGCCACGGCAUCGCCGCCGAGGACAGCCUGCGCGAGAAGAGAGCUGGCGCCAACCAUGAUCGUGGGGAGCCGGAUCUCGAGGCCGCCAAGGAGAAGUGA